AUGCGAUUACUGCAAAAAUUUCGUUUCUCUCAUGCUUUGACGAAGAGGAAAAAGCAUUUAUUGAUCCCAUGUACACAAAUUAUGGCUAAAUCUACAAAGGUUGAUGAGUAUGGCUUCAGUUCUGGUGACGAGGCAGAUUUGUUUGAUCUGUCAAAUGCGGUCGAUGCUGCCAGCGCCAGUCAGGGUCACAAACGAAAAGCUUCCAUCGAGCAGAUCUCAUCGAUAACUAAGAAGCAGGCAGCUGAGAUAUCCCCUAAGGUCUUUGAAUCGGCACGUUCUAUAUUGAGUAACAAUUUUGGGUUCAAAUCCUUUCAAUUAAAGCAAGAACAAGUCAUAUCAAGAAUUCUUGACGGUAAAAGUGCCGUCGUUGUCUUUCCAACUGGAGGUGGAAAAAGUCUCUGCUUUCAAGUCCCAGCACUUGCUUUUGAAGAGGAAGAUAAACGGCUUAAUACGCGUGAUGAAGGCGAACAUGGAAUUACCCUUGUAGUAUCACCACUGAUCGCGUUGAUGAAGGAUCAAGUAGAUGCUCUUGUUCGUCGUGGUAUUGCUGCAGGAACAUUCGACUCAAGCAAGACCAGAGAAGAGUAUAUCCAAACAUGCGACGAUUUGAGAAGGGGAGCAUUGAAGUUACUUUACGUGGCGCCUGAGAGGUUGAACAAUGAGGCAUUCGUGGAGCAAAUGAAGUAUGUUCGAGGAGGUAUUAGAUUACUUGCAGUAGACGAAGCUCAUUGUAUCAGCGAGUGGGGUCACAGCUUCCGCCCAGAUUACUUAAAAAUUGCUCGUUUCGCUGAUGAAAUAAAGGCAGAACGAGUCGUUUGCCUGACUGCUACAGCUACACCUCGUGUUGCCCAGGACAUAUGUGAUGCAUUCAAAAUCACAAAUACCGGGCUCUUUCGAACCUCGACGUAUCGACCCAAUUUGCGAUUAUUGGCCGAGUCAGGAGAUACGAAGAUACAUAUGCUUCCCAAGCUGAAAGACUUUUUACAAAACCACAAAGGCUCGACAAUCAUCUAUGUCACUUUGCAAAAGCAAGCUGAGGAUCUUGCACGUAAAUUAGUGGAAUCAGGCUUCAAGGCCAAGGCUUUCCACGCAGGAAUGAGAACUGAAGAUAAAACUAAAUUGCAGGAUGAAUUCAUGAAAAGCGAUGACAUGAUAAUGGUUGCAACGAUUGCCUUUGGUAUGGGCAUUGACAAGGGCUCUAUUCGCAACGUCAUCCAUUUCACUGUCCCCCAAAGUCUGGAAUCUUACAGUCAGGAGAUUGGAAGGAGUGGACGAGAUGGAAAAACCGCUAACUGUUUCUUCUUCGUAUGUGGCGAAGAUCUUCAUUUUCGUGAAAUAUUCGCACGAGGUGAUCUGCCAUCUCUCGCAUCCAUUCGCGGCCUCUUGAACGAGAUAUUUGAUUCAACGACGAUAGAACUCCCAAUUGGAGGUGAAAUUCACAGUUCGCAUUAUAGUCAAACGAAAGACUUCGACAUCCGGCCUACAGUCUUGGGUGGCAUAUACGCACAACUAGAGCUCACCCAUGGUCUCAUACGUGCCACCACACCAUUGUAUCAAAAAUAUUCAUACACUGCAGAAAACAGCAAGUAUAGUGCCAAGCUUAGCUCAGAUCGAAGUCCAGCGGCAGUCGCGAUCGCGGACUGUGGCAAGAAAGCAACCAAAAUACAUCAUAUUGAUGUGGAUGCUGCAGCUUCUCGUCACAAUAUCGAAAGAAACGAGAUUAUUUCCAAGCUUGGUGAGUGGAACGCGGAAGGAAUUCUGGAAUUGAAAACAAGCAAAGUCUUGCACGUCUACAAAGUCAUAAAAUCUCUUCCCAGAACUGCAUCGGAGGUUGAGAUAAUCGCAAAAGCAAUUUACACAGUCAUGGAAACCCGCGAAAAAGGAGCUUUGGAGCGUACAGAAAAGAUCCUACAGCUUAUUACGGGCAAAGAUUGUUUCUCCAAGAAAUUAGCCGACCACUUUGGCGAUGAGCUUCCUGAUGGAAAGAAAGAAUGCGGUCAUUGUCAAUGGUGUUUGACGCAUGAGCCAGUUGAGAUCCAACUCCCUCCUCCUGUUCCUUUCAAUCACCUGGCGUUCAAUAAUAUCCUCAACCUCAUCAAAGAUCGAGAUGAUCCGAGAUUUCUUGCUAGAGUGGCUUUUGGUAUAUCCACUCCAAGGGUGUCUGCGUUGAGAUUGGGAAAGAAUCCUAUUUUGGGUUCGAUGGAUGAUCAUGAGUUCAUGGUUCUUCUGCGAGCUUUUGAGAAAGAGUGCAAAUAG